CUCCUCCCUUCCUCGGAGUCUCUCUAUUUGUAGUAAGACUCAACCCCAGACCACAGGACCGGUUCUGCCCAAACCUUUUGGACUACUUGGUCUUUUGAGACCUCACAUCGAAGAUGGCUCAGGCACCAACAGUCAUCGUGACUCAACCUGGAUUCGUUCGUGCUCCCCAAAAUUCCAACUGGCAGACCAGCCUAUGUGAUUGCUUCAGCGACUGCGGAGUCUGCCUCUGUGGGACCUUUUGCUUCACUUGUCUUGGAUGUCAAGUGGCAGCUGACAUGAAUGAGUGUUGUCUGUGUGGAACAACGGUGGCCAUGAGGACUCUCUACCGAACCCGAUACGGCAUUCCUGGAUCUAUUUGUGAUGACUACAUGGUCACAGUCUUCUGUCCUGUUUGCUCUGUGUGCCAAAUCAAGAGAGACAUUAACAGGAGGAGAGCCAUGAACGCUUUCUAAGGAGCUGGAUGGCGAGAGCUCUGGCUGAAGAAGCUCAACUCAGCACACACUCCUUCAGCCUGAGACUUUCCAAAUCUUUGGCAACUGAGAUGGGAUGGAUCCAUUUAAUUAGAGAACGGUGAAAUCUUUCUAGUUGGGCUUUUUGAUUUAUUUUAAAUGGAUAUUGCUCUUUGACUUGGUUUCUUCUUGCUCCCAUAUCAUCAAAUAUUGGAGCCUAUAAUUUUUUUACCUUACAUUUUAGGUAGAAACCAAAUAAAAGAUUUUGCUAAGAAAA